AUUCCAACGAAAAACUGGAGAAUCAUAUCAUAGAUUGCAACAAGUUGAAUGACUGUGCAGUCAUCCUGCCAACAGAGGCCAACAAGUGGCUCAGUUUUACUAAUUACAGCAGAAGGGAACGGAUUCCAUUCGUGGUGUACGCUGACCUGGAAUGCAUUCUAGAGAAAACGCCAAACGAAGAAAAAAAAUCGUAUGUGUAUCAGCAUCAUAAAGUACAUAGUGUAGCUUAUUAUGUACGAUGUUCCUACGAUGAAUCAUUAUCCGCAUAUCAGUGUCGUCGCGAUCCGAAUUGCAUUUCGUGGUUCGUCGAGGAACUUAAACAAUUGGGGCAUCGUAUAAAAGUUAUUUUGUAUAAUAAUACCACUAUGAAAAUUUUAUCACAAGAACAGUGUGCAGCAUUUUAUAGCGCAACGCACUGUCGUAUAUGUGAAAAAUCAUUCGCGGUGGGGGAUAUACGCGUACACGAUCAUUGCCAUUUAACCGGGCAAUACAGGGGUCCUGCACAUUCCAAUUGUAAUUUAAAUUAUACAGAUUCCUAUUAUAUUCCGAUAGUCUUUCAUAACUUAUCAGAUUACGACGCUCAUUUUAUUAUCAAGGAAGUAGCCACCGCAUUCGAAGGUCACGUCGAUGUACUACCAAUAACGAAAGAAAAAUAUAUUUCAUUUACCAAACAUAUUAAAGAUACAACAAGUAAAACAUCAGACUGGCGAAAUCAUAUUAAAUUGCGAUUUAUUGAUUCGUACAAAUUUCUCAGUACCAGUCUCGAUAAAUUAGCAUCGUUUCUCACUGGAGACAAAUUAAAAAUUCUUCAAUCCGAAUUAAAAAACUUAUCCAGCAAAGAUUUUGAUUUAUUAACGCGAAAAGGUGUCUUUCCGUACGAAUAUGUGGAUUGUAAUGACAAGCUGCAGGAUCAAUGUUUGCCACCGCGCGAGUUAUUCUACAGUUCGUUGACAGAUGAUAUAGUAUCUAAGCGCGAUUACACGCACGCCGUAAAUAUAUGGGAGCAGUUUUCUAUUCAAACCUUAGAUGAAUAUAGCGAUUUGUACCUGAAGACUGAUGUUUUGUUAUUGGCUGAUAUUUUCGAAAAUUUCCGCGAUAGUUGUAUCAAAAGUUACGGUCUAGAUCCCGCGCAUUAUUAUACACUGCCAGAUUUCACGUGGGACACGAUGUUAAAACAUACAAAAAUUAAUUUUGAAUUGUUCACAGAUAUUGAUAUGGUAAUGUUUAUCGAACGCGGUGGUAUACGUGGUGGUCUGAGUCAGUGUUCCGGUAGAUAUGCAAAAGCCAAUAACCAAUACAUGCAGUCUUACGACCCAUCGAAGCCAUCCUCAUACCUCAUGUUGAUUUGGAGUAUCCCCAACACCUACAUGAUGCACACGUAGAUCUACCAUUCUGUCCGA